UUAAUUUAUUUUAAAAUUUUGAAUAUUCGAAAAUUUUAAUUUGGAUAUUCUAGAGUUUUAAAAUAUUUUAAUUAAACACGUAACUGAUGAUGAAACUGUGUUGAAGUUUAUGCUAGCAACCAUGUCGAAUGAGCUCUCGCAGCAAUUUUAUGACAUGAAAUCACUUGAUAUGAUCGUUGGAUUGGGUGACCUCUUUGUGGGUCAAGGUGAGCAUGAGAGGUUCCUGGCUGCAAGGGCGCACUACAUGACCCUGAAGAAGGAGGAUGAUAUACUUCCACUUCAGGGGAGCUAUAACCUUGUUCACCGAGACUCCAUUCGCCCACUUCUUCUUGCUGGUGGCCGAAUCUCCCCUGGGCGCCCUUCCUUCCGUCGCAUCCCACGCCCCCCACCUGAUGCCACCCUUUUGUCUAUCACUCGCCAAUUCUGCAAUAAGGGAGUUAUGAACAUCAAAGAGGUGGUGACAGAGGAAACCCUUGCCGGGUUGGGGUUUGAGUUUGUUCAGGAUGAGCUUCGCCACCAACCCGACCUACUAAGGGACAUCCCCGGGGGGCAUCAGCCUGACCAGCUGAAGGACAUUCCUGAGGAAGGUCUUGAUUGUGGUCCUUUUGUGGAAUUACAAGAUUCAGGAGAAGAGAUGGACAGCGAUCUCCUGCUCAGUCGCUUCACCGCAGGGAGGAAAAGGAAGAGAGAGACGAAGGGCCAGGGCAAACGUUCUUCAUCCCACCACGAGGAGGGUCCUUAUCGAGAGCCGGUCGUAAUUGUGGCGGAGGACCAAGAAGAUGCUACCCAGGAACCGGGUACCAUGGUUGGCCAGUCCCCUCCACACCCCGUGAUGCAGGGUGGCGACCUCGCUGGGUCGUCUCAGGGCAUUGCCUUGGAGCGACCUCCAUCACCACCCGCAGUGACCUACGAGGUGGCGACCGGGGGUCGCUCGACGAGGCUCUGCAUCCCUCCCCUGCUCCAAAGCCUAGGGGACGCACAGCUGGAGACUCUUAUCACUCUGCCUACAGAAGACCAGGCUCGUAUCUCGGCAGGCUCCGAGGACGACCUUGACAACAUGGUCCUUUUGAGGCUCAGUCAGGCUACGCUGGGGAUGAUUGAGGUGGUCGGCCGGAAACGGGGUCGCCAGGCCGCCGCGGACGAGGUGAUGAAAGCAGCCGAGGCCAAGCAGAAGGAGCUGCAGGAGUAGGUCGCCCGACUCACCAGGGAGUUGGAGGAGAAAGAAAAUCGCUGCGCGGCGCUUACUGUGGAGAAAGCUUCCCAGGAGAACCGCUGCGUCGCCCUUGAGGGAGACAAGGCCUCCUUGUCCUUGGAGGUAGAAUCUGUUUC